UCCUCCUCCUCCCUGCGCCCCUCCCCCGGCCAGACGGCGGAGGCUCCCGAGCGACAAUGAAGCAGCAGCAGCCGCAGCAGCAGCCCCAGCCGCCGCAGCAGCCCCCCCAGCCGCCGCCGCCGCCUUCCGCCAGCGCGGGGGUCCCGGCUUUCCUCAGCAAGCUGUGGGCGCUGGUGGGCGAAGCCCCCAGUAAUCAGCUCAUCACCUGGAGCCAGAAUGGCCAGAGUUUCUUGGUGUUGGAUGAACAGAGAUUCGCAAAAGAGAUUCUUCCCAAGUACUUCAAGCACAACAACAUGGCAAGCUUUGUCAGACAGUUAAACAUGUAUGGCUUCCGUAAAGUUGUUCAUGUUGAAUCUGGGAUUGUCAAACUGGAGCGAGAUGGUCCAGUAGAGUUUCAGCACCCAUAUUUUAAGCAGGGCCGGGAGGACUUGUUGGAACACAUUAAAAGGAAGGUUUCUUCUUCAAGACCUGAAGAAAACAAGAUACGUCAGGAAGAUAUCUCCAAAAUAAUAAGUAGUGCUCAAAAGGUGCAAAUUAAACAAGAGACUAUUGAAUCUCGAUUGUCUGCUUUGAAGAGGGAGAAUGAAUCCCUUUGGAGGGAAGUGGCAGAACUGAGAGCAAAACACUUGCAACAACAGCAAGUUAUUCGGAAGAUUGUACAAUUUAUCGUUACCUUGGUGCAGAAUAACCAACUAGUGAGCCUAAAACGCAAGAGGCCUCUACUUCUGAACACUAAUGGACCUCCAAAGUCGAAUGUAUUUCAACAAAUUGUGAAAGAACCAGCUGACAGUAACCACCAUGUACCUCUCAACAGAAAUGAGGGCUUAAAACAAAGGGAACAGAUUUCAGAUGACAUCAUUAUUUAUGAUGUCACUGAGGAUGUGGGUGAUGAAGAAAAUCUUCCCAUUACACCAGAAGCAAAUGAAGAUACCACUUCAGAUUCUUCCAACUGUAGCCAUUCUCCUGAUAUUGUAAUUGUGGAAGAUGAUAACGAAGAAGAAUAUGCCCCUGUAAUUCAAGGGGAUAAAAUCACAGAAUCAGUUGCUGUCCCAGUUGGUGAUCCCAUCGGCCCUGUCGGUGACAGUACGAGCCCACUCAUGUCAAGUGCUGUACAGCUGAAUAGCCAGUCCACUUUGACUGCAGAAGAUCCGGUCUCAAUGAUGGAUUCCAUACUCAAUGAGAAUGGAGUAAUUUCACAGAAUAUAAAUCUUCUUGGAAAGGUUGAACUUCUGGAUUAUCUUGACAGUAUUGACUGCAGUUUAGAGGACUUCCAAGCUAUGUUAUCAGGACGACAGUUCAGCAUAGAUCCAGAUCUCCUGGUCGAUCUUUUUACAAGCUCCGUGCAGAUGAAUCCCACAGAUCAUAUCACUAAUACCAAAAUGGAGACAAAGGGAAUAGAAACUACCAAGAAUAAUGCUGGUCCAGCGGCUUCACAGGAAACACAAGUUUUUAAGCCCAAAUCAGAUAAGCAGCUCAUCCAGUACACUGCGUUUCCACUCCUUGCAUUCCUCGAUGGGAACCCAGGCUCCAUCCUUGAGAGCGGGAGCUUCGUGGCCGAAACUCCUUCCUCCGUUGACAAACCCCUGGAAGUGGACGAGCUCCUGGAGAGCAGCCUGGAUCCCGAGCCCACCCAGAGCAAGCUGGUCCGGCUGGAGCCGCUGACGGAGGCGGAAGCGAGCGAAGCCACGCUCUUCUAUCUAUGUGAACUUGCCCCGGCACCCAUGGACACAGACAUGCCGUUCUUGGAUAACUAACGUAACGGGGACUCUGUAUAUAGUCAUGAAGAUGAACUAUUUAUUUAGAAUAUUGUUUGGUAUAUGAGUUUUUUGUAAAUCACUGUUUUAUGUAACCAGAUAAUGUGGAAUCUAAAAUACCUUUCCUAUGCUGCUCCCUACAAGCAGUCGUUUUAACUGCGUGGUGAGACAAGCUGUUAGGCAGGGUGGGCAAUACCGAGUGGGACUGUUCGUGUAACAGUUACUGCUGUCAGAUACUUGGUAUUACACGUAUGGUACCCCAGGUAAUGGAACACUUGUUAAUAGUAAGCUCUGAUUUAUGAUUUCUUAUACUUCUGGUCUUACAUAUGAUGACGUAAACUAGUAGUGUAUGGUUAGGGAGCACUGACUUUCUGUAUCUUGGGUUUUUUCUAUUUUUUACAACAUUUUGUUUAACAAACAUGAGGCUUUUUUGGGGUGGGGGGGACCAGGACCUGAUGUAGGCUUUUUUUUUCCCUCCUUGAACUGGGAACAAAGUGCCUGUACCUUGCUCAAUCUUGGUUCUGCCUUACUUUCACUUCAGUGGAAGUGCUCACACAUAGCACAAACUUGGGGAAAAAAGUUCUUUACAGCCACCAGGCCCCUCGACUGCAUGAGUGCUUUUAACUUGGACCAUCUACUCUGAUAAAAUAAAUGUUACUUAAGUGUGA